UUCUAGUGAAUGUGAAAUAAAUCCACGGCUUCUAUUACCUUUCAACAUCAGACAAUACAGCCAUUUUAUCGAAUUGUCGCUUAAGAGCUAUUCUCGGGCUUUCUGUUAUCUUUCCAAAAACAAUAUAAAAGUCUUUCAAGUUCAAGGUUUUAUCCGACCUUCGAUCUAAACCAAUAUAUGUGCUUUCAUUUCACAACCUUCAUUUGUACCUUUCAACGUACUGUAUCUUACUAUAGUUUGUUGGAUAUCCUUUCUAUCAGCAUCUCCAACAUGUCUGGCUCUGGUUCAGGUAACCCUCCUCCACCCAUUCUUCAAGGCUUGGGAAUCACUUCAAAUCCAAUAAGUGGGAGUGGUACUCCUAACAAUGCUUUUGGCGGUAACAACCAAGGGCCUGCCAUCAACAAUCCCAGAACAAGACGUGGAAGCACACAGACGCAGCAACAAAUGAAGCAGCAGAUAAAUCCUAGUAUGCUUCGUCAACCACAGGCGCAGGGGCAACAUAUACAAGAGCAGCAGAUCCAACAUAUGCAAAGGCAGCACCAACAAAUGCAGCAAAAUCAAAUUCAGCAGCAACAAGCUCAACAGCAACAAGCUCAACAGCAACAAGCUCAACAGCAACAAGCUCAACAGCAACAAGCUCAACAGCAACAAGCGCAGCAGCAAGUACAUAGCCAACAAAUGCACACACAGAAAGCCACUAACCCCAACUUAAAUCCAUCAUGGUUAGAACUACAAGGUCUCCCGAUAGAUCCAACUAUACAACAUCUUCUCGCCGCCGGCCAAGCCGUCAAUCCCACACAAUACCGGCUUCAGAGAGGAAUGCCUCACCCUUUCCCUCCUAACGGCGCAUCAGUAAACGCACAACCCACAGCUAGCGGAGAGCAAGAAGAAGACGAAGAAGAAGAGGGAGAAAAAAUCUACGAAACCAGCACUCUGCAUCUCCAAAUCAACUCACCUCUUACAAUCACCGGCGACAACAACAUAAUCACACUACACCCCUCCCCCCAAAUACAAAACAUCACAGACGCCGUACUCAACGCUCUGAAAUCCGUCACAGAAGGUACGCGCGGUCUCCCAAUGGGCGAUGCGGAAGGGACACCCCGCGGGAUUCGUAUUGAUGUCAUGGCCGCCAUUGAGAUAAAUGGUCAACAUAAUGUGAUCGGAGAAGAAGCUGUUAAAGUUUGGGGUCAAAAAGUUAAGGCUGAAGCAAUGGUGGCACAGAAUCAUUCGCAGAGAUUGAUGGCCCAGGCAAAUGUUCAGUUUGAUGCGCAGGCUAGAAAUCAUAUGCAAGCUGCGCAUACUCAGGCUCAGGCGCAGGCACAGGCACAAGUGCAGAAUCAGGGACAAGAACAAGGAUGGGGACAGGGACACGGACAGGGACAGGGACACGGACACAGACAACAACGACAGAUAAUGGCUCCAAUGCAGGGAGACACGCAAAGACAGCCUCAGGCCAUCGGUGCUAUUACACAGACACAGCCUCAAAAUUCUAUUGGACAGAGACAAACCCAGGCCCAGCCUCAAGCUGCCAUCGUACAGAGACAAACCCAGCCUCGGACACAUAUCCAAGGACACCCGCAACCGCAACCACAAGCAACAACCCAGCAACAAGCAAAAAAGACCACACAGCCAGAAACAGCAAACACGCCAGGCCAGAUAGUACAAGCACAAGUACAAGCACAAGCACCACAAAAUGCAGGUGUAAUGUCUGCUCUUGCUUCGAAGGAUAGUGGGAAGAGAGGUAGGGGGCUUAGUAUGGAUCUGGAUCAGAAUGGGGAGGAGGGGAAUAAGAAAACGAAGAUGGGUUUGUAGAUUUUGGGGUGUGUUCUUUUUUGGGGGGGGUUGGAGUUUUUGUUUUUUG